AUUAAAAAAAAAAUUUUGAAAAUAAAAAAAAUUAAAAUUAAAAAAAUAUAUAUAUUUUAAAAAUAUUAAAAUUAACUUUAAAAAAAUUGAACAAAAGGAAAAUAUAGUAAACAAAAUCUAAAAUUCAAAAUAACAUUUUUUAUAACAAACAAAAAUUAAACGAAGCUCCCUAAUAUAUAAAAAAUUAAAAUUUUUGUUUGAAAAAAAUUAAAUAAAAUUAUUUAAUUAAAAAUUAAAAAAUAAAAAAAUAUAUUUCGCGCAAAAUGAGCAUCUACUUAACGCCGCAUUAAAUUCAAGCCACUCAAUUGCAAUUGCUUAAAAGCGACUUUUCCGAUUGUCGAUUGCUCUUCCAUUGAUUUUUUCCGCAAACAAAAAACAGUGCCGUUAAGAGCGCGCUUAUCAAUUACACAACAACAGUGCUGCACCCAAAGUUGACGCGCUACACCACCUACUCUUCCUUCCUACCUCCCCCCUCGUCUACUGUCUUCUUUGACCGCUACUUCUUUGUGUUGUCGCCUGAACGCCGCCAUUGGGCAUAUAGUUAUCACGUUGCCACAACAACAAACAAUGUGCAGCCGGAAAUGUUUUCGCGUACACACACUGGUCAUACUCGGCGUCAUACUCACCAUUGUGCUCGUCUGCAUUGUCGGCAUAACGCUGACGAACAGCAUCAACAUUUCGAAUAUCAUCAAAUUGCGCGAGAAGGUCGCCAGCGAUUCGGCUGCGGCGACCGGUGCGAAUGCCGUGCAAACACGUGCCGCACUCGUCGAACAACAAUACUCCGCACUGCAACAACAUCAUUUGUCGCGUAGCGAUUUGAAUUACAUAGCGGCCACACAUCCCAAGAAUUUGCAACGUUUCGCCGGCAGUCAUGCGGGCGGAGGAGGUAGCGGUGGUGCAGGGGCAGCUGGUGAUCAUGCAAAUGUUGGCGCGGCGGCGCAAAAUAAAAUUGUCAUCGAAAUUGGCAUACGGAAUUUUUCCACAGCGCUCUCCAACGGCAGCCACAUGGCGGUUGCGGGCUCAGCGUCCGCGGCGCAAUCGCAGCUGCCGUCUUCUGCCGCCGUUGAGACGCUGCUCGAUAAACUCAUCGAACCCAUAACGAGCGCCAUUGUUGAUGGCAAUAUUGAUUCGAUUUCGGUGCCUGCCACCGCCACGGGUCGUCAAUUGAAUGAGUCACUGUCCCAGUUGGUCAAUGCGCAGGAGACCCGUUUGCGCGCUCAAAACGAAACAAAGCUGCUUCGUGCAACAGCAACGACAACAUCAGCCCCAAUAACAGCAACAACGGCUACUACGGUUGCUAUGAAUGCGUCAGAGUUUACCACAACACUGGAGCCAAUGCUGUCACCGCAAACGAACGAUCGUCUGAGCAUUGCCGAUCACAAUCCCGGUCAAAUUGACUUUGCGAAGCGCGAGCAUGUCAAGCAGGUAAGAGAAUAACCAAAUUGCGGUUUAUCGCGUAAGUCAAUAGGCAUUUAAAACUAGUUCUG